CCAUUCUCCUUCUCUACAAAUUGAGCACCCUCUUUUAUUAGACUAACAAAGAUGGCCAAAACUGGCAAACUAACGAAGCUAAAGUCAGCGAUUAAGAGAUGGCCGUCUCUCAGUAGUAAGCUUGGUUGCACGAGCAGUUCGAUAGCAGCAGCAGCGGAGACAGAUGACGAGACAAUGGCGGCGCGGGAAGAGCUUAAGGAGGUUUAUGUUGGGAAAUCUAGGAGGAGGUACUUGUUGAGUUCCAACACCAUUUGUCAUCCUCUAUUUCAAGAGCUUAUAGAGAGGUCGGGUGGGUUUAACGAUGAUGAUAAUAACCAAGUUGUGGUUGCUUGUGAGGUUGUUUUGUUCGAGCAUUUGUUGUGGAUGCUUGAAAAUGGUGGUUCUCAAUUGGGGUCCAUGGACGAGCUUAUUGAUUUCUACACUUGUUAGAGUGGAUUGCUUGUAAUGAAAGUCACAUUAUUUGAGUAGAAAAUAAUGGCGGGAUGGUAGCUAUGUAUCUAGUUAGUAGUUAGUGUAAUUGUGUUUGUCAAAUUAAGUUGGUGAAUAAGGAAAUUGAUUGAUAUUAAUGAAGGGCAAAUGUAUGCUUUUUAUU